AUGGCCGAAGUCCUUGCCCCUUACUCGCACGAGCAUUUCCAAAGUCUUCCGACAGUCAAGGAUGCACACGACAGCUUCAUACUUCUUGAUGGUCAGAAUCAUGUCGAAUGGUUCAAAGACUUCUUUGUGAAAUACGGCAUGGAAAGAAGGUUUGGGUUGGCCAUGAUGCACCGCCAUUUUGACUUAGCUCCUGGCGAGAGACUAGUCGAGUAUUUGGGUACCUCAACUCCUUGGUCAGGCUCAUCAGUUGGAAUGAACGAACCACAGCCAUCCAUGUGGGCGUUUGACGAGGACGGGCUAUUGAGACCGACUGAAUACCACUAUUCGGCCAUAAUUGUUGAUGGAUUUGACCAGAAGGAGCUUGAAUUUUUGGCUAAGCUCAAACCUGAGCUCGACAUGCGCGGGCUGGCCAACCUCUUUGGCGUAGCCCGAUAUCCAGGAGACAACUUUAGGGGUUCCUGUGAAUUCACCCAGGGAAGGGCUAAUAUUAACCUACAGCCCAAAGAUGUACGGGAAUGCUGUUUAUUUCACCAAAUAAUGCUAAACGGUAGCUGA